CAGGGGAAGGAGGGCGGGGCUGCGGACGACAGGACCAAUGGGGAGGGGGGCUAGCUGUCGGGAAGAAGUGGCUGAGUCCGCACCCCUCUGCUCGGGCACCCCCACCCACCCGGCCUUAAAGCCCCGCGGGGGGCAGGUGGCGGCCCUGAUAGCCAAGCAGAGGAGCCGCAGCCGCAGCAGAAGCAACAGCAGUAGCAGCCCGGGCGCCCACGGAGGAGAUGAGAGCAGGAGCGGCGCCGCCGGCACCAUGCACCCCCAGCCUCCGCUGCCCCUGGCCGCACUCUGCCUCUUGGCGCUGCCAGCAGCUGUCGCCGCCUACUUCGGCCUGACAGGAAGAGAAGCUCUGACUCCUUUCCCUGGACUGGGCCCAGCUACAGCUCCCCUUCAAAGCAGAGCCCACCUGAAGCAAUGUGAACUGUUGAAGCUUUCCCGAAAGCAAAAGCAGCUAUGCCGGCGGGAGCCAGGCCUAGCUGAGACCCUGUAUGAUGCUGUACACCUAGGUGUCCUUGAGUGCCAGGCCCAGUUCCGUCAUGAGCGCUGGAACUGUAGCUUGGAGGGGAGAACAGCGCUUCUGAAAAGAGGUUUCAAGGAGACCGCCUUCCUAUAUGCAGUGUCUUCAGCAGCCCUCACCCAUGCGUUGGCCCGGGCCUGCAGUGCAGGCCGAAUGGAGCGUUGUACCUGCGAUGACUCCCCUGACCUGGAGAACCGCCAAGCCUGGCAGUGGGGUGUAUGUGGGGACAACCUCAAAUACAGCACCAAAUUCCUCAGCAACUUCCUGGGGCCUAAGAAAGGAAGCAAGGACCUUCGUGCCCGGAUGGAUGCCCAUAACACCAACAUGGGCAUCAAGGCUGUGAGGAAUGGUCUGAAGACCACCUGCAAGUGCCACGGUGUUUCUGGCUCCUGUGCGGUGAGGACAUGUUGGAAGCAACUCUCCCCAUUCCGGGAGACGGGUCAGUUGCUGAAACUACGUUAUGACUCUGCUGUCAAGGUCUCCAGCACCACCAAUGAAGCCUUGGGACGCCUGGAGCUGUGGACACCCCCGAGGUCCAGCCGCCUUGCCAAGGGCACAGCCCCUCGGCCUGGGGACUUGGUGUACAUCGAUGACUCGCCCAGCUUCUGCCGGCCCAGCAAGUACUCCCCGGGCACAGCAGGGCGAGCCUGCUCCAGGGAAGCCAGCUGUGACAGCUUGUGCUGUGGUCGGGGUUAUAACACCCAGAGCCGACUGGUGGCCUUUUCCUGCCAUUGCCACGUGCAGUGGUGCUGCUAUGUUGAAUGCCAGCAGUGCGUACAGGAAGAACUAGCCUACACAUGUAAGCAGUAGGUCUGCUUUGCCCAGCCUGAGAACACAAGGAUAGACCAGGGACAUUCCCUGCUUAUUAUACACUCUAGCACACUGGCCACCCACAACCACACUGUAAGUGUGCGUAUCUGGAUAUAUACUUGUUGCCCACUCCUGACACCAUCCUUCCUCUUUCUUUCUUGGACGUAACCAUUGACUCUUCCAUCAUCCCCAUGCUCAAAACUUGUCAAGGAGGAAUGAGGACACAUGGGGCCUCAAGGUCCACUGCCGUGUGAAUGUCUGUGAUGAGCCAAAGUAUCCCAUUUCAUAAUUUGGGAGAUGAUAUAAUGGAAUGAGGUUUGGAAAAUAGAGAGAAGGAAAAAAAAAUA